UACAACAGAAUUCUGUAUCUUGCAAAACUUUGAACUGUGUGUGUGUUAUUAAUAUAGCUUAUUACUUGCUAGCCUUGAAAGGAGCCUUCAGAUAUAUAAUAGCAUCAACUAUGGAUGUCUCUAAUGUCAAUAGGCAUCAGAAAGCUAAGAGAUUGCAAGUUACCAUGAGAAGGGGUUGGCAAAUUAUGGCCUAUGCUAUCUGUUUUUCUAAAAAGAAAUUUAUUGGAGUACAGCUGUGUCCAUUCUUUUACGUAUUGUCUAUGGCUGCUGCCAUGAUACAACGACAGAGUUGAGUUGCAACAGAGACCGUAUGGCCCUUUACAGAAAAAGUUUGCUGACUCCUGCCAUGGGACAUAUUCUUCCAAGUCCCUUCCUUAAAAAUAUACUUACCCACUUUUCAUUGUUUCUUAGCCCUUUGCUUCCCAAAUUGUGUUUUAUAGAAUAUUAAUAUUCUCUAAGUUAACAGUAUUCUGAGAAAAAGGUCAGUUCUAACGAUAGUUUUUUUAAUAGUUUAUCUUAAAAUAUAAGUUUAAGACUACUAAACUCAUUUUAUAGCUUUUAUUUUUAUGUGAUAAUCUACCUUUAAGAAAAGGUGUGCCAUACCUGAGAGCACCAGGAAGUCGCAUGAGAGAUCACCUGAUACACGAACGUGUGAUGUCCCAUCUGCGCAUUGAUGCAUAGGCAGCAUUUACAAAUUAACUGAUAUGUUUGUAUACAUCAUUCCUUUGAUGAUUGCACGUCUCCUAUGUAUCCUGUCUCAUAAUUUCAACACAUUUGUGAUACUCAGUUAUUCUGAACUAACCAUGAUUUGUACCUCAAAUACAUUGCCUAUGGAUCUAUUGCUGAAACAAGGAAGUCUUAAACAAGAAAUAGAAUCUUUUUGUUAUCAAAUUGUGUCUGAGUCAAAUGAUCAAAAAGUUGGAAUAUUACAAAGUGAAGAUGAAGAGUUGCAGCCUUCAGUUUCUAAAAAAUCAGAAGGUGAGCUCACCAGGGUUAAAUUUAUGUCCAGUUCCAACAAAAUAACAUUUAGUAAGAAACCAAAAAGAAAAUAUGAUGAAAGUUAUUUGUCUUUUGGAUUUACUUAUUAUGGAAAUAGAGAUGCACCUCAUGCUCAGUGUGUGUUAUGUAAGAAAAUUUUAUCAAAUAGCUCUUUGGCCCCUAGUAAACUUCGAAGACAUUUGGAAACUAAACAUGCUGCAUAUAAAGACAAAGACAUAAGUUUUUUCAAGCAACAUCUUGAUUCACCUGAAAAUAAUAAACCCCCAACACCUAAAAUUGUCAAUACAAAUAACGAAAGUGCUACAGAGGCAUCAUACGACGUAAGUUACCAUAUAGCCUUGAGUGGCGAGGCGCAUACCAUUGGAGAAUUGCUUAUCAAACCUUGUGCAAAAGAUGUCGUGAUGCGGAUGUUUGAUGAACAAUACAGUAAAAAAAUAGAUGCAGUGCAACUAUCAAGCAGAACUGUUGCACGUCGAAUUAAGGAUCUAGCUGCUGACAUUGAAGAAGAGCUUGUUUGUAGACUGAAAAUCUGCGAUGGGUUUUCACUGCAGUUAGAUGAAUCAGCUGAUGUUUCAGGACUUGCUGUGCUGCUUGUGUUUGUUCGCUAUCGGUUUAAUAAGUCUAUUGAGGAAGACCUACUCUUAUGUGAAUCUUUGCAAAGUAAUGCUACUGGUAAAGAAAUUUUCAACUGCAUCAACAAUUUUAUGCAGAAACAUGAAAUUGAAUGGGAAAAAUGUGUUGAUGUUUGUAGUGAUGCUUCUAGGGCAAUGGAUGGGAAAAUUGCUGAGGCUGUCACCUUGAUAAAGUAUGUGGCUCCCGAAAGUACCAGUAGUCACUGCCUAUUGUAUAGACAUGCACUAGCAGUUCAAAUAAUGCCUACAUCUCUGAAAAAUGUGCUAGAUCAGGCAGUACAAAUCAUCAAUUAUAUUAAAGCUCGACCACAUCAAUCCAGACUACUAAAAAUUUUAUGUGAAGAAAUGGGUGCCCAGCACACAGCACUUCUUCUAAACACAGAAGUGAGGUGGCUUUCCCGAGGUAAAGUUCUGGUAAGACUUUUUGAGCUUCGUCGUGAGCUAUUGGUUUUCAUGGAUUCUGCUUUUCGGCUAUCUGAUUGUUUAACAAAUUCAUCUUGGCUGCUAAGACUUGCAUAUCUUGCAGAUGUUUUUACUAAGUUAAAUGAGGUUAAUCUGUCAAUGCAAGGAAAAAAUGUGACAGUAUUUACAGUAUUUGAUAAAAUGUCAUCAUUGUUAAGAAAAUUAGAGUUUUGGGCCUCAUCUGUAGAAGAAGAAAACUUUGAUUGUUUUCCUACGCUUAGUGACUUUUUGACUGAAAUUAAUUCUACAGUUGAUCAAGAUAUUUGCAGUGCUAUUGUGCAGCACCUAAGGGGUUUGCGCUCUACUCUGUUAAAAUAUUUUCCUGUAACAAAUGACAGUAAUGCUUGGGUUAGAAAUCCAUUUACAGUAACUGUUAAACCAGCCUCGUUAGUAGCACGGGACUACGAGAGUCUGAUUGAUUUAACAUCUGAUUCUCAAGUGAAACAAAAUUUCAGUGAACUUUCCCUAAAUGAUUUUUGGAGUAGCCUAAUUCAAGAGUACCCAAGCAUUGCGAUGCGUGCGGUUCGUGUACUUCUUCCUUUUGCUACAAUGCACCUGUGUGAAACAGGAUUUUCAUAUUAUGCUGCAACCAAAACGAAAUAUAGGAAAAGACUUGAUGCUGCACCUCAUAUGCGGAUCCGACUAAGCAACAUUACACCUAAUAUUAAGCGGAUAUGUGAUAAAAAGACACAAAAACACUGUUCUCAUUAAAAUGGAAGGGUUUUGCAUGUCUCUUGAUAACCAAAUAUAAGAUGGAAAUAAAAGAUUUACUUUAUCGCUGACAUUUUGGGGUGUUAAAUAAAAUCAUUCAAAUUUU